GCCGGGAGCGUCAGUGCGCGUUCUCUCUGGCGGCUGAUGCUGAUGCUCAGAGGACACGGAGUGAUUCGAGCAUCACCGGGAACCGACUGAAUUAUCGUGCCAAAUCUUCGGGCUUCGGUAGGAUGCGUCAAGACGGAUCCAUGCAGAUGGCUGCGACACAGAAAGAAGGAUCUGACCAGAACUUCGAUUACAUGUUCAAAGUGCUGAUCAUCGGCAACAGCAGUGUAGGAAAGACGUCGUUUCUCUUCCGGUACGCUGACGACUCCUUCACGUCAGCGUUUGUGAGCACGGUGGGCAUCGAUUUUAAAGUCAAAACUGUCUACAAGAACGACAAGAGAAUCAAACUGCAGAUAUGGGAUACUGCCGGACAGGAGAGAUACCGCACCAUCACCACGGCAUACUAUCGUGGAGCCAUGGGCUUCAUCCUCAUGUAUGACAUCACUAACGAGGAGUCGUUUGGAGCGGUGCAGGACUGGUCAACCCAGAUAAAGACGUACUCCUGGGACAAUGCGCAGGUCAUCCUGGCGGGAAAUAAGUGUGACAUGGAAGAGGAGAGAGUCGUGUCUACAGAUAACGGCAGACUGCUGGCGGAGCAGUUGGGUUUUGAGUUUUUCGAGACGAGCGCCAAGGACAACAUCAACGUGAAGCAGACCUUUGAGCGUCUGGUGGACAUAAUCUGUGACAAGAUGUCGGAGAGUUUAGAGACUGAUCCCGCCGUGACCUCGGGAACCCAGGGAACAGCCCGGUUAACAGAUAACCCUCCUCCUCUACAGCAGCCCAACUGUGCCUGUUAGUGCUCAGUUACCUGUGUGUGUGAGACACCUUUAGAUAGAUGCAUAUAUCCUUUAAUGUCAUAGAAUACAGGUGCUGGAACAGCUUGAAUCUGAUCAGUGCAUGUCGAGAGUCAUGUGACUCUUUACACCCAAUGGGAACAGAGCUGUCAUAUCUAUGCUGUCUUGACCAAUGGCAAGCUGUUCAGUGUUUUAACAAGCAGUAUGGAUAAAAAUAGCUUGAAAAAUAUGAAUAUGUUCCAUUUAUUUGUUUAUCAGCUUGUGGUGUAUUUGGCCUGUGAGUCUUUUGCACCACUAGGUGGCGUUCAAACAGGACACUUUCUUGUAUUCCAAAACAUAAAGCCACAAUGCAGGGGUCUUGAGGCACUUUUUAAAAUUAAAAGAUGCAUCGCCCAAAGUCGUCUGUCUGAUGCAUGUGAAUGCAGACCACACGAACCCUGAAUGCAAGAAUGUUGUGUUGUGUGUUGUUCCAGCACCUUUGCACUAGAGUCACGUCUGUCUGUACGGUGCCUAGUUCAUUCUGACACACUGUUUUCUUUAAGUCCUAACAGCCUUUACAGCACUGUUAUUUAGCUCAUCAAGACUUCGUUAACAUGCAUGCGGCGGCUGUUUAUGAACUGAUGACUUUGUGUGCGAUCAAACUGAUCUUUCUCUAAGCUCCGCCCCCAUAUUUACAAAAAUAUCAUUUUGAAAUUGUAAAUAAACGUAAUUACAUAGUUAUGCAUAAACACAUACUAAUUAGUUUAGAAUACAAAGGAGUUUUUAAUGAACUCUUUAUGAUUUAGAGCACGAUAAAACUGACCUUUUGCUAAGCUCCACCCCCUUAGUUACAAAUAAAUGUUAUUACAAAGUUACGAAUAAAACCUUACAUGCAAAAUAUUUUAAAUAAACAAGGGAUUUUUGUGAAAGCUUUAUGAUUUAGAGCAUGAUCAAACUGACCUUUUGCUAAGCUCCACUUCCUUAAAUUAAUUAUGCAUUUACAAAUGAAAAUGUAGUUAAAAAAUUUCAUUUUUUGAAAAAUUGUCUUCUUUCAAAUAUUCUUGGAUGAUUCUAAACUGACACAUUUAAAAAAAAAACAUUUAAUGUAAAUUCAAACAUUUAAAAAUAAUUACAUCAUCACACAGGAUGUCCUGUCUGGCAACAGUUGCUAAGGUAGGAUUGGUCAGAAGCUUUUUUAGGGUGGGGCUUAGUGAAGGGUCAGAUACUCAAAGGAAAGGAUCUCAAUGGCAAUCCUACAAAAUUGCAUUAAUACACACAAACGCACUCUUUUUAGCGAUUUUGAAGAUCAGGAAUUCAUGCCAUAUUAAUCGAAUUGAUAUUUCCCAUCAGUGAUAUCAGCUGCAUGACUCAAGUGUGUGCACAUGUGUACCGUAGAUUAUUAAACAUACAUGAUCUAUCUAGUGUAUAUAGGUUUGUAUAUACUUCAGUCAGAUGAAUAUAAUGUCGUAGAUUCAAGUAGCUGUUCAAAACAGGGAGGAAAAUCUGCAUUAAAUGUUUCUACACAUUCAGUUUGAUCAUUGUAAUGAAAAAAUAUUUAUUUAUCUAUUUAUUCAGAGCAAACAGACUUUACAAUGAGAAAGAGAAAAGUAAAUGUGCUUCAUGAGCUGCGUGUGUCUGAUAACGAAACGUUCUUCUAGGUCAAGUGGAGUUUGGAUUUUUUCCCGAGCACUUUUUUCUCAAUUUCUCGUCGUCUGUUGUUUUUCUCUGCUGGCUAAAAAGCUACUUUUGUGGAGGAUGUGAUCUGCUGUUCCUGCUCUUAUCUCGAAGAGGAUUCAGUGAUUUUAGAUGUUAUAAGGAAACCGCUUUACUGUCGGGUCGAAGCUUGCUGAAGCUUGUCUUGUAAAAUGAUGCAGUAAUAGCCAAGGAAAUGUGUCGGGCAGCUAUUUUCAGAGGAAUGAGUCACUCAUCUAGAUUUCAUCCCACAAACCUUUAAUGACUUCGGCCAUAGAUAGAUUUUUUUUUUUUUGAGUCAGAAAUAUAACACGCCUACUGUAUCGCCAAGGAAGAGCAGGUCUAGGGCAAACGUCUCGAAAUAUGAGAAUAUUCAGAUUAUAUUUCACCUCAAUAUGAAACAGAAAAAAAAGCAGUUUGUUUUUGCAUAAAGAAACACAUUUUCCCCAUUUUUUUAAAGUACUGUCUAUGUUUUUGCAUGUUUCUUUUCGUAUAAAUAUAUAUAUGUAUAAUACAGUAAAUACUAAUAUAAAGUAUAAUGCAGUACAUACUAAUAUAAAGAUUUUAUUAGAAUUUUUGUAGUGAGAAUUUGAAGCAAAAACAUUCUAAAUUGUCCUUAAAAUUAUUGUAAAAUCCAAAGAAGUGGGUCCUGAAAAAGCCUUAAUUUUUUUAUAUUAUAUCUUUUUUUAUUUUAUUUUGGGCUGAAAUAUGACCUGACUGGUUUCAUGAGAUUCAUCAUCUAGCUCAAGAUGGUUUUAUUAGUUUCUCAUCUCUAGACAUUGUCCCUUCUCUCUCUAUUUUAAUAGUGAUGUAUUAUAAACUAGGUUGAAUAAAGUAAAAAAAAAAAUGUGACAGCCCUUAAAUAAUAAAACUACAUGGUGUGGUCUGUUGAUAUGUGUGGUUUUGUAAACGUUGUACAAAAAAAGUUGUGUCCAUAAAGUUAGGCUGACCAUAUCCAGCAUUAUUAAAAACAUAUCGCGUUCACGCCGGUAAGUAUAUCGCUAAUAGUUCAUUGAUGUGUCCUCAGAAUAAAGAAAAUCAGUAAGAAACCCCACCACAAGCCACGUUUAGCAUUAUCCCUGCAUGAAACUGUAUGACAUCUCUAUUUAGAUUCCUGUAUCUGUAUAAUCGUAUUUAUUUGUUCAUUUAUGCGUCCCUCAGUAUGUGGGGUGCAAUGGGCCAGCAAGUGCAAUAUUUGGAAACCCUAUCUCUUGUAUAUAGUGUGUGUGUGUGUGUGUGUGUGUGUGUGUGUGUGGAGAGCGCCUCGAUGUGCCAUGCUGAUUUUGCACACUAUAUUAACCCUCGUAUGGAUGCUCGCUCUGCCAAACCUUCUGUGUUAAACUAUCUUUGUGCUGACAUUAAGACAAAAUACUGUGGAGUUACAUCGGUGUGUUCGUGUGUGUAUAUACUCAUGUGGAGAAAAGUAAACGUGGAUCUUGUUGCAAGUCAUCUCUGUGGUUUUUCUUUGUGUGUUUGUGUGUAAAUCUCGUUCAUUUAGCGCAUGCAUAGGGCUCUAUAUCUGCAAUCACUCUACUGCAAAGGAGUAUUCAGUAGUUUUAUAAGAGCUGCCAUUUCAGGCACACAGCAUGCAGAAAAAAGUUUCUUAACUACAGGCAAAAUACAAAAAAAAAAACAACAUACAAAAAAGUACAUUUAGAACAGUUUGGGUGGAUAUCAGGUGGUGCUGAUUCCUGUGUGUCAAAAGAUAGUAUGAUUUUACCAUGCUACAUGUCCAACAAACAGUGUACUGUACUUUAUUGUUAGACUGUAAACCUCUUUAAACCUCUUUUGUUUUGUCUUAAUUACACAUUAGAUUUGCAUUGUUUUGUCUUUAUUGAUCCGAGUCUGUAAGCUUCCGUCCCCCAAAAUAUGGUGAUUUUAUGUAAAAUAUUGUGGUUUUAUUUGAAAUAUUUUCUUUUUAUUUUUGCUCAUUUAACUUUUGGUUUGUGUGGAAAAAGUUGUUGGAAAAAGCUGGUUAUUCUGUAUGUGUGGAGUGUGUGACAGAAGUGUGUUACUGAAGAAAAAAACUUACAAAAACAACAAUAAAUAUUCCUAUUGUGC